UCUAUUCUAGCGCUUUGUCAAUUUCCUCCUGUUCAAAUAGAUCUAGAGAUUUGCAGUUAAUUAUUAAGAUCCGUAAUUAACGCACCUAAUCAGGCUAUACAUGGUGAAAAAAUCGCCCACUCGCCACGAAGUUUUCCUCCAACUUGUGUUCGUGUUUUCUAUUGGCCAGGGAAAUGUCAAAGCUAAAUCAACAGAAGGUUUGACGUUUGUGGUCGCCGCACCAUCACUAACCAACAUCAGCCAUCCUCAUGAGGCCCGCAUCAUCUUCUAUUUGUCAACCACCUACAGCAGCUGCAAUGUCCACAUAACCACACCUUAUUUCAACGGCUCCAGUCUCAAUGACCAAGUCUUGAUGAAAGCAAAUAAAGUAAAAAUAUACGAGCUAAAUACGAUGUACUUCUCUAACCUGACGGUUGGCUUGAGGUGGAGCUACAUGCUACGAGCUGUUCGCAGAUUCAGCCUGACAGUGUUGCUACAGGCAGGCCAGGAGUCUGGUGCCACCUUCACUGCAGUGCCGGUAGAAAGCUGGGGGAAAACAUACGUGCUUGCCACGCUUGACAAAUCUCCAUUUUUUCUUAUAAUGGCAAGUGCCUUCACAUACGUCAAUAUCAACUUUAAAGUCAGUCCCCCAGCUCUAUUCUCCAUUGACUAUAUGGCACAGUAUGGUAACGGGACAACCCUGACAGUCGAGCUUAAAGCAUAUAAAUGGUUUAUGAAUGUUUUCCUACAACAGAUUUAUGGCUUUCGUUGUCCAAAGCUGCGACAAGCCUUUUGUCGAGGGUUCUCUUACAGGUAUUCGGAUUGA